CGAUAACAGAAAAACGCAGUGGGACAACUCAAGGUGCUCUGCAGAAAAAAAUGCAGCGUGGAUUUAUCCGGGGAAGGAAAACAGGAACCGAAAAUAAAGCCGAAGGAGAAAGAACAAAGAAGGGGGCGGCGUAGCGUUCCCUUAGUCAUCUUCCGCCCCCUCCUUCUCGCAGAGCUGCGACGAAGGAUGUGGCCGCAGCUCACACCAAGUUACACAACCAGGCAGUCCCCUGCGCCUCCUCGACCGUGCUAACGUGCCUUAGCAAUAGCAGGAGAAGAGGGGAAAACGAGGGAAGCGUUCUCUGUUUAAUCACCUCGGGGGGGGAAACCGGGCGGUCACGAUGUACCAUGUGGUACCGGGAGGCACGGAUGGCUCCGUGUUGGGGGCCGUGGUGCACCCCCACGAGCACUCGCACCUCCACCGGAAGCACAAGAUGGGGAAGGAGGGGAGACAGAUGAUGUUCGCGGGCGUGGUGGGCCUGCUGCUGGUCAUCUUGGCGGUGGUGUCCUGGUGCUACUACAGCAGCUCCCUGCGCAAGGCCAACAUGCUGAAGACCGAGCUGCUGGACCUCAGCAAGGGCGGCUUCAUCAUCCGCAGCCAGGCCGGGGCCAUCGUCUUCCGCAUGGCCUUCAGGUCUGGAAACCUGGAUCUGGACUCGUGCUCAAAGGAAGGGACGAUGUUGAGCUGUGACCGCUCGGACACACGAAAGCUCAACUUCUUCAUCCAGACGGUGAGGUCCAAGGACACGGUCAUGUGCUACCGCGUACGCUGGGAGGAGACCGAGUCUGAGCAGCCUGUGGAGCAUGCCAUGUCGUAUAACGGCUCGCACUGGUACGGGGGGGCGGAGUCCAGCACCCAGAGAUGGCCCAUCUCCAUGACGGGAAACCACACACCAAAGCCCUUCAUCACCAGUGACGUGUACGCCAACCGCCAGGACUUUGGCGGCAUCCUCGAGCGCUACUGGCUUUCGUCCAACGCCACUGCCAUCAAGAUCAACGAUUCUGUCCCCUUCCACCUUGGCUGGGAUGAGGACCAGAUGAUCAUGCGCUUCCAGGCCCGGUACCAGGACAGCCCGUUCAAGCCGGACCCAGGGCGACCAGCUUACGCCGAGCUCAGCUACCGCGUGUGUGUGGGCUUUGACGUCACCUCCAUGCACAAGUACAUGGUCCGGAGGUACUUCAACAAACCCAACAAAGUGCCCUCCGAAUUGGUCUUCCGCCACCCGAUCUGGUCUACCUGGGCCCUGUUCAAGACCUCGGUGGACCAGGAGAAGGUCCUGGCCUACGCGGCCAAUAUCCGCAAGUACGGCUUCAACUGCAGCCACCUGGAGCUGGACGACGGCUACACCACCGGCUACGGCGAGUUUCAGUUUGACCUCGCCAAGUUUCCCAACGCUUCAGAUAUGUUCCGGACACUGGAGGAUGAUGGCUUCCUGGUUUCUCUCUGGACACACCCCUUUGUGAAUUACAACUCGUCGAACUUCGGCGAGUGCAUGAAGAAGGGCUUCUUCAUUCGGCAGCCUGAGGGGGGCCUGCCGGCUCUGGUCCACUGGUGGAACGGUAUUGGCGGCAUCCUCGACUUCACCAACCCGGACGCCCGUGACUGGUACGCCUCCCAACUUCAAUCCCUCAAGGACAAAUACCGCGGCGUCGUCACCUUCAAGUUUGACGCGGGCGAGACCAGCUACCUCCCCCAGCAGUUCAGCACCGUGGUGCCCCUACGCGACCCCAGCCUCUACACCCGCCGCUACUCUGAGAUGGCCACCCCCUUCAAGGAGCGGGCUGAGCUCCGCGUGGGCUACCAGUCGCAGAACAUCUCCUGCUUCUUCCGCAUCAUGGACCGCGACUCCGUCUGGGGCUAUGAUCUGGGCCUGAAGUCCAUCAUCCCCACCGUCCUGACCAUCAGCAUCCUGGGAUACCAGUUUGUCCUGCCCGACAUGAUCGGUGGUAACGUCUAUCCCAACAGGACCGAAGGCGGCCAGCGGUUGCCCGACCGCGAACUCUAUAUCCGCUGGCUGGAGCUAUCGGCCUUCAUGCCCGCCAUGCGUUUCUCCAUCCCGCCCUGGGAGUACGACGACCAGGUGGUGGAGAUCGCCAGGAAGUUCACGGAGCUCCACGAGACCAAGGUGGCCCCCCGGGUGCUGGAGCUGGCCGCUGAGGUCCUGGACACGGGCGACCCCAUCAUUCGACCCCUGUGGUGGAUCGCCACGGAGGACGAGGCUGCCUACAAGAUAGACUCACAGUUCCUGAUCGGGGAUGACCUCCUGGUGGCCCCCGUGCUGGAGCCCGGAAAGCGGGAGAGGGACAUCUACCUCCCGGCGGGGCGGUGGAAGAGCAGCAGGGGCGAACACAAAGGCCCCAAGCACCUCACGGACUACCGCGUGGACCUAAACGACAUCGCAUACUUCGAGUGGGUGCAAUAACGCUUACGGCUGUGAACGGGACUCAAAUUACCUUGCCCACAUUCAUGCAAAACUGGUAUGGACCAGGUGUUUAAAGAGAGGAGAGAACAGCAGCCACCCCUGACCAUUCUAACUCUUCCUGCCUCUUCGCCGUCGUAAUGUUCACCGUCAUGCAGCUUUCAUGCAGUCUUCUCCAGCGUUUGGCUGUUCUCCAUGCGUACCUCUUGUUAAGUGCAGUUCACAGGCCCACUACCCGGGCCAGAGGGUGUAUUGUUGAAUUCAAAAUGCCGUAAGCUGCCGGAAUGACUUCAGAGUUCCGGGAGCCGAGCGGCCUCUUGCACUGUCAGUUUUUAAGCAUGUGCCUUGAACUCAUCACGGAGACAGGGAUUAGGAAAACAUAUCGCACACAAAUUACACACAGCUAGGUGUCGGCUGGAUUGACACCGAGACACAUGUUGUGAAUCAGGAACGCUUUGACAGCAUGGGCUGGGGUGUGGUGCAGUGAUAAAGGGAGGUUGUAUUCUGAAAUGCAGGUGGAGUAUUUUUGUUUUGGGCUUUUGUGAUUUUUAAGCAUAUUGACUAAUUCGAUUUUCAAUGUUUGUUUGCUUGUGGUCUGUGUGAACAGUAGUAGGUAAUUAAUUUAAGGAUAAAACUUAAGUGACCAUGUGAAUUUGAACGUGACAUGGAUAAUGGAGUUAUACUUUUGAGAUUUAUUUUGGGUUUUCUCUAGUUCCUGUUUCAAUUAACCAAUCUUAGGCAUCCACAUUGGCACAAUUUAAGAUUAAUUUAAGAAUUAUUUUUAUUUUAUUUUUUUAAUUACCUCAGAGAUGCAUUCAUAAGCUGCUUUGUUUAUUUCAAGCCCAAAUAUUGAACCAAUCUGCUAAUGACACCCAAGUGAAUCUUUUAAGAGGUGUAAGGUUUCAGGCUGCAUGUAAAGCCGUUGGUUACCGUCAUUCGAGUAGGCCACCAGAAAAAGGCCUGUAUUAUGUUCCAUCCUUUUAACACGGAACGUGAUUUAUAGCCUUCUAUGUUCUGCACGAAGAAGCAACCACACAGUGAAAGUACAGUGGUGAUGCUGCAGUGAUUGCUAUCAGACUUGCCUCAUUAUAAAGAAUUGGAAAAGGAGCAGUUCAGCUGAGACCGAAGCAGUAGAGCUGAAUAGUUCUGCUAUUUUAAAGGGUAAAGGUGAUAUAUUUCACGGGCGUAUUUGUUGUGCUUUAGCCCUUUAAGUGGGCGAUUAGGCAUGGGAAUGCGCGCUUGGAACUUGGAACAUGCUGACGACCUUUUUCUGUUUCUCUGACCCUCACCGUUCUGCCUUGUGACCUUUAAGAGGCAGAGUUAUUGGUGUACUCCGCUGAGAGUGGCUUCCUGGCUCGCUUCUUCCACACCGCUUGGCUUCUGUCCCAGUAUAGUCGUCUUGUAAACAAAAUGGAUGAAGGUGCAAAGAGAGUUUGUUUGAAAAUGGCAUCUGUCUUUGCAUUGUGAGAAGUGUGUCUCCCAGCGGGGCGUAAACCUUUUGCUUAACAGGUAAAAUUUUGGCAGAUUUCAGUGGCUACAGUCUGAUUUAGGAUAUGUUGGCUUUCAGUAUCAGAUUUAUUGUGGUAGUAUUGGAUGCCUUUGCUUGGUACAUUAGGAAUAAAUUCUAAAUAUGCAUUAUUUAAAUCUCUUCGCUGUAUAUAGCGAUUUUAAAGGCAGUUAAAAUAAAAGAAACUUUAUUUUCACAGACAUACAGUACAAAAGAGAAUUUUUUUUUUUUUUUUUGAAUAGGCUAUAUUUUGUAUGGUACUUGGUUGAAUACGAGCUGUUGUUAGUGUUUGCACUCCGAUUUGGAUGAAGUGUUGGUGUGAGAAUUAUGAGAGGCGAUUCUUAUUCUGCUGCAUUGCUAUGCCCUAAAUGUCACUGUAAUUACUGGAGGGAGUUUAUGUCAUAGGAAGCUGUUCAUUCUGAAACGUGAGGGUCCUGCCUCUCUGCUCAGCAACCGUCCCCUCUCACCAGAGCCACACAUUCCGCACCUCUCAGUCUCGUAAUGCGAGGCCCACCAACCUACCAACAUCCCAGCAGCCCAGAAGGCCCUGUGUGUCUGUGUGUCUGUGUGUCUGUGUGUCUGUGUGUCUGUGUGUCUGUGUGUCUGCGUGUGUGCGUGUGUGCGUGUGUGCGUGUGUGCGUGCGUGCGUGCGUGCGUGCGUGCGUGCGUGCGUGCGUGCGUGCGUGCGUGCGUGCGUGCGCUUGUGUGCAUCCACGCAGGUCUGUCUAUAUGUGGAGGGUGUGUGUGUAGAUGGAUAAUUGCAUUUAUAUAGCGCUUUUCUCACACACAAAGCGCUCGACAGUGAUGAGAGGGAAACUCGACUUGACCCCCUCCAAGGUGCAGCACCCGCUUGGGUGAUGCAACGGCAGCCAUUUUGUACCAGAGUGCUCAGCACAUAUCCAUAUGUGCGUGCGUGCGUGUUUGUGUUUGUGACAUUUAACAGUCGGGUGUGUGACUUUGCUCUUUGUCCCUCACUGUCAGCACUCCAGAGCUGCCUCUGGGUUUAUCCCCCCCCCCCCCCCCCACACACACACACACACACACACACACUCUCACACUCACACUCACACUCACAUACACUCCCUCACUCUCUCUCAGGAUAAGGGGCUGUUUAGACAGCUGACCUUACUGUGCAGCGAAAGUCUGGGUAAGAAGUACAAAGGUUGCAGUUUAGAGAAGAGGGUGAGGAGGGGCAGGGAUAUUAUUAUUUUUACAGCUUUGGUAUGAAAGACCAAGGAGCAAUCUUGGCUCAGACUUCAGAAGUGUGUUCUUUUUUGGGCCUGUGCAUUGUGCGGUGCUUGCAUUCUUGCACUCCUACAAAAUAGGCCAGUAUUUUGCAUUAUGAUAUAACCUCACAGGCUAGCAGUUAGCCAUGGACCUGAAAGAAACCUAAUAUUAUAAUUAGUUUUGUUUUGUCUUAUUAUUAAUGUGCACUAGAAUGAAUGUGCAUUAGAAUUCUAUAUAGAAUGACCUUUUGCCUGUUGAUAGAACUAAGAUUAAACAUAGUGACUUUAGCACAACUACAUAAAAAAAAUGCUUGAUUUGAAUGUGGGUGGCAACUGUUUAUUAUAGUGUAACAAAUAAUGUAUAAAAGAAAAGCUAUGUAUUUCUGUGUCAUUUAAGUAGUUCAGGGACAGUAAAUCCAUCCAGCCAGUGUGCUCUUGUUCCUUUCACCAGCAGAGGGCGACAUGUAGCUCUAAUGAAAGCUUGCGCUGUCACCAGUGUUUACCCUCGAGUGUCUCAGAAGAAGUUUGCGUGCCCACAGGCCUCAUAUCCACAGCUCCUAUAUGGGCAUUCCUGCUGUGUGUGUGUGUGUGUGUGUGUGUGUGGCCAUCUUGAGCUUGAAGUGGAUUCAGUCAUAACCGUCCAAACACAGCGUAAACAGAACUCCCAAGGACAGUGAGAGUGCAUGCAAUAUUUAAUCUGAGGUAGAAUUACUUUGUCGAUACGUCUCUUUUGGGGAUUGAGUGGGAGGGUUGUCAAAUUAAUUAUAGUUUAGCAAUUGCUGUCGUAGUUUACUUUGCUUGGGACACUGAUAACCGUGAAUGCUUUUGAAUCCGUGCCAAACUCUACAGUUGCCAAUUGUGAAUUUUUCUGUUCCUCGGUCCAAACGGUUCUAGAAGCUGGUGGGAGGGCGCAAAAUAUAUAUAUAUAUAUAUUUUUUUUUCUUUAAACUCAUUCCACUUUUGUGUCUGGGCUAUUUUUCCCCCACAGGGUUUCUCUGAUGGCACUGAAGCUAUUGCUUACUUCAAGCAAAAUGUGAAAGCUCUUGAGAAUACUGUCUUGAUUUUAUUGACAAUGAUGAUAAAAUUAUCAGGUCUUGUAUUAUAAAAAAAAAAAAGAAGUCAUUUUUGGGUUUGUUUUGCUGUUUGUUUUGUUUGUUUUGUUUUUUCUUUUUUAGUGCUUUUGGCCAGAAUUCAAUCAACAUAUUUUUCCUAAACUUUGGCUCAAAUUCAAGUUUCUUUUUUUCCAUUCACAGAAACGGUGAAGUUUUAGUGACUGCUGAAAUCGCAAAAUUGCAACAACAAAAAAAAACAAGUCAAACUUGCAUUUAUUUUUUUAUUAAAGUUGAAGGUGGACCUUGAUUCGUUCCAGGCCUUUGUCUCAUGCAUUCGAAAGUAUUUUCCUUUCAUUUCAAAUUCCAGCUUAAAAUGGAUUAAACGUGUGAGCCGGUUUAAAGGUGCGGCUUUAUCGGGAUAAUUGAACGUGUUGGUAAAAAUCUAGUAUUCUUUAAUACUCAGAGUAGCUCCAGUAAUUACACUACUGUCACAGGUUGCCAGGUUUUCUCCAAAACAUCUCUCUAUUUAAAAGUGCUCCAGACAGCCAUAAUGAUCAGUCACCCACACUGACUCAGGCACUGGAUCAGUGUUUUCUUGUAUUUGUAAUCUUACGGGUUAAAGCUUUGGUUCUUCAGCUGGGGCUGAUUUCCUAAGCAUUCACUCAAGCUUUUGUUCCAAUAAAGAAAUUGUGAUGUA